AUGCAUUUGGCAUUGACUUUGGCUCUUGGCGUUUUAUUCAUCAUCCAUGUUCAAUCGAAUGAAUGUGACGUGCAUAUUGAUGCACUUAUCACUUACUUUCAUGACGCAGCCGGACACAUCAAAGAAGAUCCCGCCUUAUACACUCUUUUUUCCGAUGUAGCUAAAAAGGUGACAGAAAUUAAGAGAGAGAAGGAAAAAUUGAAAAAUCAAAAAUCAGAGUGUCAUCAGGUUUACGAGAUGAUGAAAGAUGUACUGCAGAAAGUGGAAUCAAAUAAAGAGAAAUUGAGAGAAACUAAAGCUUACCAAGAAAAUUCUAAUGCUUCUGACAAAAUCGAUCGUUUGAUUAAAUUUAUGGAGAAAAUAGAAAACCAUCCGAAGUUGCCCGGAUCGAUUGACUAA